GUGACAUAACAAGACUGGUAACGUUACAUUGGUAGAAUGUCAAUCUUGAAAAAAAGCUUCAGUUUUAUUACAGUUUUGCAGUAACAAUUGUUGAUGCCAAUGGUUUUAGAUUGGAACCAGCCUCCUUCCCCUUAUAAUUUGGUCCAGCCAGGGCUCAUUACAUCUCUUUUAUAUAGUGGAGCUAAAUACCAGGGGCAUCAAAAAAGCAAAGGCAAUUGCUAUGAUGUUGAAGUUAUUUUACAGAAUGUGGAUGACGAGAUGUCCUAUUUGUGUGGUUAUCUCAAAAUCAAAGGCUUGACCCUGGAAUAUCCUAAAUUAACGACAUUUUUUGAUGGAGAAAUUAUAAGCAAAAAAUAUCCCUUUUUGACCCGAAAAUGGGAAGCGGAUGAAGAGGUUGACAAAAAGCAUUGGGGAAAAUUCCUAAACUUUUAUCAAUACGCCAAAAAUUUUAAUUCCGAUGAUUUCGAUUACGAUGACCUCAAAAAAUCUGACUACGUUUACAUGCGGUGGAAGGAACACUUUUUAGUUCCGGAUCACACUAUAAAAGAAAUUAACGGAGCAUCCUUUGCUGGCUUUUAUUACAUUUGCUUUCAAAAAUCAACAUCUACUAUCGAAGGUUACUAUUAUCACCGGAGUUCUGAAUGGUAAAAUGAGAAAAUGGUUCCAGUCCCUCAACCUGAGUUACGUACCAGAAGAAGAUCCUCAAAUUUAUCAGUUCAGAUAAUAGUUUUGAUAAUUAUAUUUUCCAUAAAAGAUUCAAUCACAAACCUAAUUUAUCUAUAAUCUUCGGCGUUUUUAAAUAUCAAUUAUCUAAUUAGCUUUUUUGCCUUUUUAAAAAUAAAUUUAUUUUUUAUCGAGAAAUUUUUAGAAUUGCAUUCUGAUUUUGUUAUGAAAAAAUAUAUAAUCUUACAUUUAUUUAAAUUUCUGUCAAGUUAAAAAUAAAAUUUGAUGUGUUUUUUUAAA